AUGAAGUUCCUCGCGGCAGCUCUGCUGUCUUCCUCACUUGUCGUCGCAAAUCCCCUGAAAGCAAGGGCGGCACCAGACACAACGAAACCGGCUAAUUUUGACGGGCCUUACGUGACGAAUCCUUUUCCGGGCCCGGGCAAGCAGUCUUUUGACUGGUGGUGGGCCAAUGUGAUUGGCGAAGAAGUCAACGGCGUCGUGCCUUCUUUUGAGAUUGUUGCGUAUGAAGGCUUCGUCUUCACUCGUGCCCCCACGGAUCCGUCGUUCCAGGUAGACGUUUCUGGCACAUUGCCAAACGGCACUCAGUUCUUCUUCGUCCUUCCAGCCGACUCCGCAACAGUCACCGAGAAUGCGCAACAAGUGACGGCUGUGUGGAAGGAUGCUUCGGGAGAGACCAUCGCCAGCCUCCUCUCCACAACUGGCCCGCCACGCACGUUCGAUAUUUCGUUCAACUACCCUGCUUCGGGAAUCUCAGGGUCGGUGAGCCUGGUUGGAACCAAGACUCCUCCGCAUACGGGCUGCGCGGGCACCACUGGCGGAUCGACUUAUUUCGAUCCCGCAAUUCCCAAGGGAGCCAAAUUCAACGCUGCGCAGACGGAGUUCUUCACGAACCUUGGGUGGGCCAUUGCCAUGCCUGGAACGACUUCUGCUAAAGUCAACCUCCUUAUCGACGGGCAUGAUGGGUCAUUUGAAGGAGCUGGCUAUCACGACAAGAACUGGGCAGCUAAGCCAAUCGAUCAAUAUCUAAAGACCUGGCUCUUCGGCCUUGGAUCAUGCGGACCUUAUCACGUUGCCUUUGUCGAGGCACAGCCGCUCAAUGCAACUCACAAGGACGAUUUCAUGUCCGGCUACCUUUCUCACGAUACGGAGAUCCUGCAGUCGCAGUGCACAACCUUCUCCAACUUGCCAUACCCUAAGCCAAAUACCUUCAACUUCAACAUCAGCGGCAAUGCUUUCUCGCAAGCUUCCGGCGUCAACCUGCCCACCAAGAUGUUUGCCGAUUACGUUAUCACCAACGGAAGCCGUUACCAGUUCGACUUGGACCUGCUGCCAGGGACUCCGGCCUUGCCCAUUUACAACAGAUGGAGGGCAGUGGGCAAGGGUGGGCUUGUUGGUGGAGAGCAGUACGAUUGCACCAUCCUGGGAGAGUGGAUGAACCCUGGUGCUGUGCCGUAUAAGGAGGGCCACAAUAUUUUUGAAGCAUAG